GGGAGCACGGGAGAGGGAGAAAGAGAGGGAGAAUGAGGAGCUACUGUGUUGCUUUCACCUCCUAAUCAGUUCUUCCGAGGGGAUCUAUCAGGGAGCAUUGGAGGAGAAUCAGAAGCAGGAAAAAGGAAACAACUCGUCUUCCAUCAUACAUACAGAAAUGGACACCCCUCUCUCCACACCGUGCAACAUCCAAAUAUGCGAGGUGACGUGCGAUUCGUUCCGCAUCAUGUGGGACAUGACCUCGGAGGACACGAGCAGAGCCACACACUUUUUCAUUGACCUGAGUCGCAAGGAGUGCGGGGACCCUAACCGCUUUAAACACCGGGAUGUUCCGACCAAACUGGUGGCGAAGGCCGUGCCCCUCCCCAUGGCGGUGAGGGGACACUGGUUCCUGAGCCCCCGCACAGAGUACUGUGUCGCCGUGCAGACGGCGGUUCGACAGUCUGACGGCGACUACCUUGUGUCGGAGUGGAGCCAAGUGGUGGAGUUCUGCACAGGAGAUUACGCCGUAGAACACCUCCAGCAGCUUCUCGACAAGGCCAAAGGCUCCACGGGAAGGCUAUUGAAAUUCUCCGUGUUUUAUCGCAACCAGCAUCCAGAAUACUUUGACUGCGUCAGAAAGGAGUGUGGGGGUCAAAUGCGACCGGCCCUCAAAGACACCAGCGGGAGUCAUGGUUCUCCGAUCAAUGGCAAGCUGCAAGGAGUCUUCUUUAGCUGCAAUACUGAGUUUGACACCGGCCUCCCCCCCAAGGACUCUCCGUACGGACCCCUGCGCUUCCAGAUCCCGGCCGGACACCUGCUCAACCCCAACAUCUCCCUGUAUUUUGCAGACUUCUACUGCAUGUAUACAGCCUACCACUACGUGGUUGUGGUGCUGGCCCCAGUGGGCUCAGAGGGAGACCGCUUCUGCAGUAGCCGUCUCCCCUUGCUGGACUUGGCCAGCAACCCCUUCUUGACGUACAGCGCUCCCCAGAGGCCGGGCGAGGAGCCGCUCUACUGCCACGCCAGUGACGUCAUCCUGGAGGUGCUUUUUACCGAGCCGGUCAGUUUGGAGGAGGGUACGGUGGAGCAAAUCAGCGGACACCAUCAGCUCAUGAGUUUGACCACGGCCAACGCCAAGAAAGACCCGAGCUGUAAAGUGUGCAACAUCAGCGUGGGUCGUUAGGCGAGAUCCGGUGCUAAAAGACAUCAUUAUGUGUAGGCCAAAACCCAGAGGAGAAACACCCACCACCUCAAAGGCGAGUGUGCAUGAUGCUUUCCUUUCCCCUCCCUCCCAGGCUAGGAUAGAAUCCAAUACAAUUAUAUCUCAAAUACACUAUAUUGCCAAAAGUAUUUAGCCACCUGCCUUGACUCACAUAUGAACUUGAAGUGCCAUCACAUUCCUAACCCAUAAGGUUCAAUGUGAUGUCGGUCCACCUUUUGCAGCUGCUAAUGCUUCAACUCUUUGGGGAGGGUGAGGUCACACAUUGAUGUUGAUCCAGAAGGCUUGUCUCUCAGUCUCUGUUCUAAUUCAUUCCAAAGGUGUUCUAUCGGGUUCAGGUCAGGACUCUGUGCAGGCCAGUCAAGUUCAACCACACCAAACUCUGUCAUCCAUGUCUUUAUGGACCUUGCUUUGUGCACUGGUGCACAGUCAUGUUGGAAGAGGAAGGGGCCUGCUCCAAACUGUUCCCACAAGGUUGGGAGCAUGGAAUUGGCCAAAAUGUUUUGGUAUCUUGGAUAAUUCAAAUUUCUUUUCACUGGAACCAAGGGACAAAGACCAUCCAUCCAUCCAUGUUCUACCGCGUGUCCCUUGCGGGGUUGCGGGGGGUGCUAGGCCCUGGACAAGUCGCCACCUCAUCACAGGGCCAACACAGAUAGACAGACAACAUUCACACUCACAUUCACACACUAGGGCCAAUUUAGUGUUGCCAAUCAACCUAUCCCCAGGUGCAUGUCUUUGGAGGUGGGAGGAAGCCGGAGUACCUAGGGGAGAACAUGCAAACUCCACACAGAAAGAUCCCGAGCCCCGGAUUGAACCCAGGACUACUCAGGACCUUCGUAUUGUGAGGCAGACGCACUAACCCCAAGACCAACUCCUGGAAAAAUAACCACACACUAUAAUUCCUCCUCCACCAAAUUUCACACUCGGCACAAUGCAGUCCGAAAUGUACCGUUCCCCUGGCAACCUCCAAACCCAGACUUGUCCAUCAGACUGCCAGAUAAAAAAGCGUGGUUAAUCACUCCAGAGAACAAGUCUCCACCGCUCUAGAGUCCAGAUUUCAUACACACAUUAGGACACCUGAUUCUGAUCAUCUGGAUGGGUGGCCAAAUACUUUUGGCAAUAUAGUGUACCUCCAUCGUGGGCAACUACAGCACUAUUCAUUCUAUUUACACACACAGCAGUUGAAAAGACUAAAGAAUGCUAUUAUAUAUGUUUGUUUUUUUUAGUUAGUGACUAAUGUGGAGGUACCAAGCUGUAUGAAGUGGAUACAACAUUGUUGGCAGCUUAAAGGAAAACUGCACUUUUUUGGGGAAUCAUCCACAAUCCCAUAUCUUUCCCGUACCGGUGCGUUCUGAAUAGUGAAAAACUGCUUGUACAAGGCAGCUAACGAUACAGGUAACGGGGAUACGAUCUAUUCCGCCUACAAAGCACUCUAAAAUACCAUCCAAAAACCACCAAUUAGUCAAAUAUGUGGGCAUGUCUUUGCGCGCUGGGAGCAGUGGGAUGUUUGUAUAUUUUCUAAAUAUUUAGCUUUACACUUGGUGAGACUUUUAGAUUCAACAUUUUGAUUUAGAUUCAACAUUUACCGUAUUUCCUUGAAUUGCCGCCGGGGCGCUAAUUAAUUUUAAACCUCUUCUCACUCCUGCGCUUACCAAAGGCAUGCGGUAAAAGUAAGCAUGCGCUAAUUAUUUUAAAACCUCUUCUUACUCCGGCACUUACCAAAGGCAUGCAGUAAAAAUUGGAGUGUGAUGUAAGCUUGGACCUUAAAUCCUACUGAAAAGCUCUUAAUAUUCUUCCCUUUAUGCGAUUUCGAAUUACCGGUAUUGAAAUCAACCUCCUCCAUUUUGAAAAUGAUGACAGGGGAAGUGUCACUCGUGACGUCACGAGUUUGACCCGGCGGUAAUACUAAGCAUGCGCUAAUUAUUUUGCGAAGUGAGUUUGACCCGGCAGUAAUUCAAGGCAGGCGCAUACUAUAUGCCCUGCGGCAAUUCAAGGAAAUACGGUAUAUAUGUAUUUAACAUUUAUGUUCAGAUUAAACAUUUAUAAUUAGAUUCAACAUGUAUAUUUACCAUUUAUUUUAACAAUUCGAUUUAGCUUUUAAAUGUGACAUUUACAUUUAGAACUGAAUAGAAUAGUUAAGAAUAGAAUACAUCUUUAUUGUGAGAAGCUCUACCAUCCGGGAGGAACUCAAAGUAAAGCCGCUGCUCCUCCACAUCCAGAGGAGCCAGAUGAGGUGGCUCAGGCAUCUGGUCAGGAUGCCACCCGAACGCUUCCCUAGGGAGGUGUUUAGGGCACGUCCGACUGGUAGGAAGCCACGGGGAAGACCCAGGACACGUUGGGUAGGCUAUGUCUCCCGGCUGACCUGGGAACGGCUCGGGAUCCCCAGGGAAGAGCUGGACGAAGUGGCUGGGGAGAGGGAAGUCUGGGCUUCCCUGCUUAGGCUGCUGCCCCCGCGACCCGACCUCGGAUAAGCAGAAGAAGAUGGAUGGAUGGGUGAUAACAGAAGUGGAAAAUUGUCUUUGGCUCACCAACGUAGGCCACAGACGGCACUACAAUACAAACAAU